GGUCUCUGAAUAUAAGUCGCACAAUUUUUUCCGGACAAGACUCGGCGACUUUCGCACCAAAAGAAAUCGCCGACCGACAUUUUUUCCCGGGCAAAACUUUCAUUCAGCUCAUCGUUUCAUCGGUUCUUCGGGUUGUGCUGUCGUCUCGACGAGCCCUCCUUCAUCCUCGGUGACACACUUUGACUCAGCCUUCCAGCAAACACAUUGGGUGGAUAGCCGCAUGCUGCGUCAACCAUACGCUGCGCUUUGCCUCAUACUGACAGGCUAACAUUGUCAGCCAUCAUGUCGUUCCUUCAAAGGCACGUGCGCACCGCAAUUCAACUUGCAAAGUCGAAGGCGCGAGGGCGCUUGCAGCCACAGCAAGGUUUUUCAUCCUUGCUGCCACAAACCCGGCUUGAGUCUGCGCGACUUGUCACGUACGCUGCUCGCAACGAAAAGGCUGUAACUCAUCAUGCAAGCCGCCCUGCAUUCGCGCAUGCGUUCAUCCGAACGUUCGCUUCGUCGUCUUUGUCCUACCAAGCUCUCGAGGCGUGUGCAGAAGUGGAAGCAGGCGCACCCAUCGAGGUCGAGGCGCAUCACGAACCCGACACAUCUCAUUUGUUCGCAUCGCUGAAGGGCAAGCUAUCGGAGCCCGUCUUUCGCGCCAUCACACAAAAGCCCUUCGGCUACAAGGAAAUGUCGGAAGUUCAACAGCGCGUCCUGAACCUACUUCCUGAGAUCGCCGAGUCUCCUGACGCCAUUGGGUUAGCUCAAGAUGACAAAAAGGGGCGUGAUCUGCUUGUCAAGGCAAGGACAGGGACAGGCAAGACGCUCGCUUUCCUGAUUCCUGCUAUUGAAGCACGCCUGAAGGCCAUCGAGCGUGUCUCGAAAGGCGACUUUCCAGACUCGUGGCGGGAACUACUGAGGCGAAACCGCCCGGAGCUCAACCUCGACUCGCUCGAACCUGCAGAGCUGCGCAAGAUCUCCAGACAAUUUGGAGAGAACACUGUCGGUACUCUUAUCCUCAGUCCCACGCGCGAGCUUGCAACGCAGAUUGCGACCGAGGCCCGCAAGCUCCUCUCUCACAGGUCCGAUAUGGGUGUUCAACUGCUGGUCGGUGGCGCCAAUCGAUCACAACAGGUCCGCGAGUGGAGGAAUUCGAGACCGGAUAUCGUCGUCGCUACGCCCGGCCGCAUUCUCGACCUUGCAAGUGAUGUUUCAAUGGUCCGAGAGGCUUUGAAGGGCUGCCAGACGCUCGUCUUGGAUGAGGCGGACACGUUGCUGGAAAUGGGCUUCCGCGACAGCAUCACAUCUAUCAUUGAGCAUUUGCCCCAGGCGGGGAAGGAACGCCACACUAUGCUCUUCUCAGCCACCGUCUCGCCAGACAUUCGCCGCAUCGCACGGGCGUCGCUGGACAAGAACCACCGCUUCAUCGACUGCGUGCCCGCCGGCGAAGAGAACACGCACAAGCACAUUCCUCAGUUUGUCAGCGUCCUCGAUAACCCUACCGAUCAGAUCCCAUACGUGCUCUCACUAGUAGCACAUGACCAGAUCGUCAACGCAGGCAAGAGUAAGGUGAUCAUCUUUACGCCCACUACGCGCAUGACGCAGCUGCUCGCUUCACUCGUGAAGAGCAUGCGACGCAAUCUCCCCCUCGGCUCGUUCGGCUGCCAGACGUACGAGAUCCACUCGAAGAAGGAACAAUCAAGCAGAUUCCGCACUAGCAGCAACUUCAGGGCUGACAAGUCUGGUGGAUCUGUGCUCAUUACCAGCGACGUUUCCGCACGCGGCGUCGACUACCCCGGCACGACUCGCGUCAUUCAAAUUGGCGUUCCUCCCAACAAGGACGGAUACAUCCACCGCAUCGGACGGACUGGCCGUGCAGGCGCAAGCGGCCGAGCGGACAUAGUUCUUCUGCCUUUCGAAGAGGCCUGGGUCAACACGCAGCUAGAUGAUCUACCAAUCCAGCGCCUCAAUGCUAGUUCCUUCGGCAAGGAGCUUGACGCAGUGACGGCCAAGUGGGAAGAGGAUCCAAAUUCUUUCCUCACCGAAGAUAUCAAGGCUGCGCUCCGUAGGCAACCCGACUCGCGCUCCAAUCGUGGCCGAGGCUCGCGGCGCACGCCUGCUCCGAUUGGAUACCAUGACCAGCCAAAGCCGAUCGUCGCACCCCUCGCCGGCAGAGUCAGCUUGGAGAACUACCGCACCAAGGUGCAAGAAGCGAUCACCGAACUGGACCCGGAAGACAUCAAAGAGACUUUCGUCAGCCAGCUAGGAUUCUACCUCGGUCGUGUGCCCGAAAUGCGCAUAAGCAAGUCCCAGGUGCUCGAGGAGAUGAAAAGCUGGGCCGUUGCUGUCGGCAGCUUAACCGAGCCACCGUACCUCAGCCCUGCGUUCCUGAACAAAGUCGGCUUGGGAGGCAGCGGAGGCGGACGUGGCGGCCGCGGUGGCGAUGGACGAAGUGGGUUUGGUAGCCGGGCGGGGGGUCGAGGUGGAUUUGAGCGUGGAAGUGGAGGCCGAGGAGGUUUCGAUCGUAAUGGACGUGGUGCCUUCGACCGUGAUGGACGAAGCGGGGGAUAUGGGAGAUCCCCCGAGCGGUGGUCUGAGAGAGACUCGUCUCGGCAAUCCAGCUACUCUGACCGCGGCUCGAGUCGGGCGUCAAGACCGCAAAGCACGUACCAUCGGCUCGAAUCCUCGCCUCGCCACGGCUCGCGUGAGCAUCAGGAAUGACCGUACUGUGGUACCACCUCAAGCACCACACGUAUGCACCCCAGGGGCGCACGCAAUACAGUUUGAACAUAGAUUAGGCGUAUCGAUUGAAUCGGCCCCGUUUCCUUCAUUGCCAAUGUUGUAGCUACCCUUUAUCAUGCCCAACAUACAUUCCCCUCUCUCACCUGUUUGCCU